CCCCGACACUCCCCUCUGUUCGCCGUCAGACCGUCCUGAGUGCGCUGGUGUCGGCGGCGGCCGGCUCCACCCUCCAGGAGCCCUUCAUCCACGAGUCGCGCCAGGACCAACUGGCCGUGGCGUCGUCAGUGAGCGGCUCCACGCUUCAGCAGCCGUUUAUUCACUCACUGCGGGAGGACCAGCUGGCCGUACCGGCCGCGCCCGCCGCCAAGGUGGCGGCCGCGCCCGACCGCACGCCGGCCGCCCGCGUGCCCGCCCAGCCCUCCCUCGACGAUGUCAUCGUACUCGACGGCUCUGAGGACGAGAAGAGUCCUGCCCCGGCCCGGCCGGCCGUCGCGCCUGCGCCGUCCCCGUCGCCCGCUGCCGGCUCCGGUCUGCCCGCCUGGCUGCGGGGCGCGCUGCCCGUGCAGUCUCAGUACCCCGCCUGGCUGAGGGCCGCAGCGCCCACCGUGCUCCUCCUGCAGCCGAUCUACGUACCGGUGCCCGUGACUGAGGCAGAGGCCGCCGCCGUGCGCCGCCAGGGACUGGACUACUAUGGAGCUGCCGAUCCGGCCCGGCUGCGCGGCCUGAGCCGCUAGGGACGGCACGAGCCGUGUCCCCUCCGACCCGGCCCGGCUGCGGGGUCUGAGUCGCUAGGGACGGCACGAGCCGUAUCCAACAAUAAUCGUCGGAGCCAUAGUCGGCCCCGACAGAGGAGAUUAGCUCUCUUCAACAUGGUUACUCUCAUUAGAUUUUGACGCAUGGGUUAUUUUACUUU